AUGAAACCGCCACAGUUUCAUGAAGGAUUGGAUCUGCUGAAAGCAGAGGUAUGGGUCCUUGGGAUAGAAAAAUUGUUUGAGGUAUUUCCUUGUCAAGAAACACAGAAAGUAUUGCUGGCCACCUUUAUGUUAGAAGAUGAAGCAAGAAUGUGGAAAGUGUCGGAGUUCAUGGAACUAAAACAAAAUAGCAUGACAGUAGCUGAGUAUGAGGCUUUCACUGAAUUAGCCAGAUUUGCACCACACAUGGUCGACGCCGACUAUAAGAAAGCUAGACACUUUGAAGGAGGCCUUCGAGAUGAUAUUCUUGACAAGGUGAAUGUGUUAAAAUUGGAAACCUAUAUUAAUGUGUUAGACCGGGCUAUAAUAUCAGAAGCUAAUAUAGCCAGACAGAACAAACCAUCAACUGAUUGGAAAAGUAAGAGGCAAGGCUUCUUUUCGAAGAAAAGACUUUCAAAGAGGCAGAAUACGAGAUCCUCGAGUACUUCAAAUUCUUCUCGAGAUACAUUCUCGAUGUGUAGCCAAUGUGGUAAAAGACACCAUGGGGUUUCUUACUGUCUUUCGGGGGCCUGUUUUAAGUGUGGAAAAGUGGGGCAUAUGGCAAGGGAUUGCAACCAAGUCAGUGGAAAAAUGGCUGCUAGUUCAACUGAAUCGGUCUCAAAACCAGGAAAUACCAUGAAGGUUGCUACAACAAGAGACAUCAUGAGACAGGGAAGAGUCUUUGCACUUGUUUCGGGCGAUACACGGAACGCAGAAGCUGUCGUUUCAGAUGUAUUCUCAGAUGAAUUGCUAGGAGAAUUGGUUGAUAGGGAGAUAGAGUUUACUAUUGGUGUUGUGCUAAGAACACAGCCUAUCUCAGAAACCCCUUACAGAAUGGCCACUAUUAAGAUGAAAGAAUUGAAAGAAUAG